AUGCCUCAUGUUAUGCUAAACGAGAUCAAUAAACUAUCAAUGCUGCGAGCAUUGGAAAGUGGACGUUAUCUCAGUAUGAGUUUUCGCUCAUGGGAUCUGUAUGAGUAUCCUCUGUUACAGAGUACGACGAAACAUUCAUGGGCUGUCAAAACGGCGACUCAACUCGAGAAGCCGCGUUACGUUAUCUUUGCUCUUCAGAUCGGUCAAAAGAAUAUCAUGUCUCAAGAUGCGAGCGUGUUUGAUGAUUGUAAAUUGAGUAAUGUGAAGCUUUAUCUCAAUUCAGAGUUUUAUCCGUACGGUGAUUUGAAUCUCGAUUUCGACCAAAAGAGAUACGCUCUCCUGUUUGAUAUGUACACGCGUUUUCGUAAAGCAUAUUAUGGAAUCGACUGCUUCGAAACGCUGCUCAAUGUACUCUCGUUUAUCGAGAAAGGACCGUUUACGGUCAUUGACUGCUCGCGACAAAACGAAUCCGUCAAGAGCGCUACCGUGGAUGUACGAAUAGAAUUUGACUGCAAGGAGAAUGUACCCGCCAAUACUACCGCCUAUUUCCUCAUCAUACACGAUCGUGUUAUCGAAUACUGCCUGCUGUCCAACGUAGUGCGCAAGAUUAUGUAA